AAGUGAAGCCCAUCUCUGCUUGAAAAAAAAAUUAAAUAUCUAAAGAGAUCAAAAGGCAGCAUAUCAUUAGAAGUUGAAAUAACCUAAAGCAACAAAGUUAUAAUGUCUGAUUUGAAUCCUGAUGGAGGUUUAUCUUCAGACUUUUUCGCCUUAGACGAUAGGUUAGCUAAAAUCAGAGCUCAGAUAACUUCCAAAUUAGAAAAUCAAAAGCAUUUAGCAGUAAUUUUAUCAGCAGUUGAAGAAAAUAUUGAAGAACAAAAGAAUGAAAAGACUCCUGUGGCAUAUUUCGUAUCCUUCUUAUCCUUAUUGAAUCAAUCUAUUAAUGAUAAUGGAAUAGUUGAUGCUAAAUUGGCUGCCACUACUGCUUACUUUUUAGAUAUUGUACUUCCAUUUACUCCAAAACCACUUUUAAAAUCAAAAUUUGGUGAAAUCUUAACAAAGUUAGCUCCUUCACUUACUCAUGCAGAUUCUGAAGCGGCUUUAAUCAGAUCAAGUAUUGGUGCUUUAGAAUCAUUAUUAUUGGCUCAAGAUUAUCAACAAUGGCAAUCUAGUGGAAACAUCUCUCCAAAGAGAGCAUUUGUUGGUUUAUUAGAAUUAUCUUUUGAUCCUCGUCCAAAAGUUAGAAGAAGAGCUCAAGAAUCAGUCAAUAAGAUUUUAUCCAACCCUCCAGCUUCUCCAUCUCCAUCACACGCUGUUUCCAUAUUAGCAGCUGAAAUAUCAUUAGCUAAAUUAACCUCUUUAGUUGGCCAAUCUAAAAAGAAUAAAUCAUCAAGUAAAGAACUUAAUUCUCAAAUAAUUCAUUGUUUACAAUUAAUCAGUUCUAUUGCAUCUGCUAACUCAUGGCCAAAUACUCAGAUUGAAGCUUUAUGUGAUGUCUUAUUAGAUAUCUCAAAGACUUCAGAUCAAUAUUUAGUUUCUUCUGCAUUUUCUGCUUUUGAAGCUUUAUUCAACUCCAUGACUGAUUUCAUAUAUUCUGAAAAAUUCGCUAGUGUAUUAAAUAUCAUCUUUGAUUUAAAGCCAUCUGUUAAUGAUACUCAUUUAGCUGCAUCUUGGUUAGCUGUGGUUGCAAAAGCUUUAGAAUGUUAUGGUAGAGCUUCUCCAGAAGAUGCUAUUCGUCGUAUUCCUACUUAUGUUCCUAUUAUUUCACAAUUCUUAUCAAGUGAAUCAAAAGAUAUAUAUAGUUCAGCAUCACAAUGUCUUAUUGCCAUUGUUUCCCAAGUUAUUCCAGAUAAAUAUCUUUUAGAGCCAUCAAAGGAACUUAAUGUCACCGAAGAUAUCUAUGACUUGGUUGAUGAAACCAUAACCUUCUUAAGUGAAUUCAUUGAAAAAGAAUUACUUUCCAUUAGAUUCCAAUUUGCAACCAAAGACAUUCUUGAAUUCAUUACUGCUGCUAUCUUAAAAUUAAGAAGUCGUUGUAAUCCAGACUUUUUAGGUAUCGUUGGUGUUGUCGGAGAAUGGAGAACUAAUGAAACUGAUCAAUUCCCUUACAAUACCGAAGCUGAAAAUUUAAUUGCAGCAUCUAUAACUACCAUGGGUCCAGAAGUUGUUUUAAGUGUCUUACCUUUGAAUUUAACUAAUGGAGACCUGCAAGGUAGAGCUUGGCUCUUACCUUUAUUAAGAGACAAUGUCAGAUUUACUGAAUUGGAAUAUUAUAAAAAAUCCAUUUUACAAGUUGCUGAAUUUUUCCAAAACAAAAUCAUUGAAUCGGCAAAUAAAGAAUCUCUUAAUGCUAAAGUUUUCCAAACUAUUAUUGAUCAAAUUUGGAGUUUAUUACCACAUUUCUGUGAUUUACCAAAAGAUUUAAUAACUGCUUUUGAUGAUUCAUAUGCAGCACAAUUGUCCGAUUUGAUGUAUUCCAAGGUCGAAUUAAGAGUUCCAAUCUGUCAUGCUUUGAGAUUAUUAGUGGAGUCCAAUCUUGCUUAUAGAGAUGGUGCCUUAGAAGAUGAUUUAUUAAGUCUUCAACAAUUCUCAAUAGCACAAGCUGAAAUCAAUGUCAAAUACCUUUCCGCAAAGGCUUCCAAUAUCUUAUCAGUGUUGUUUAAUGUAUUUUCAUCAACCUUACCAGAUGCUAGAGGUUUCGUUUUAGAAACCAUUGAUAGUUAUUUACAAGUUAUGAGCAAUGAAGAUUUAGAAUCAACUUUCAAUAAGGUUUGUGGAUUAUUAAAAUCUUCAAUGGACCAGGAAGCUGAACAAACUAAAGCUCCAAAGGGUGCCAAAUUAACUAUCACUAUGAUGGAUUUAGUUGUUGCUAUGGCUAAAUACGUUCCUUCAACUUCAUAUAAUGCUUUAUUUACUAUCUUUUCUGGUGUUGUCUCUCAUCAAGAUGCUUUAAUGCAAAAGAGAGCUUAUAGAAUUAUUUCUAAAUUAUGUGAAACUGAAAGUGGUAAAGAAUCAGUUAAAGGCUUCAUGCAAGAAAUUGAAAAGGUUUUUAUUGAAACCACUGAAGGUACUCACAGUUCUGCUCGUGCUUCAAGAUUAAAUGCUAUUCUUGAAAUUUUGGAAUUAAUUCCAGAAACUGAUCUUUACUUCAUUCCAGCUACUUUACAAGAAAUCAUCAUAUCUACCAAAGAUGUUAAUGAAAGAACCCGUGAAUUAUCUUAUGCUAUUUUAAUUAAAAUGGGUAAUAUUAUGAUAAAUGGAGGUAUAAUAGAAAACUCCAAAGUUCCAGGUUUUGGUGAAGAUGCUCCACCUUCAGAAGCUAAUCUUACUGAAUAUAUUACCAUGGUCAGUGCUGGUUUAGCUGCUCAAGCCCCUCAUAUGAUUUCAGCUACCAUUACUGCUAUUUCUUGUCUUGUAUUUGAAUUUAAAGAUAAAUUACCAACCGAUGUUUUAUUAGAAAUUGCUUCCACUGUUGAAUUAUUCUUAACCCAUAAUUCAAGAGAAAUUGCUAAGUCUGCCAUUGGAUUCGUUAAAGUUGAAGUUUUAUCUUUACCAGAAGAAUUAGUUAAAGCUAACCUUAGUGAAUUAUUGGAAAAAUUAAUGAAAUGGUCUCAUGAACAUAAGGGUCACUUUAAAUCUAAAGUUAAACAUAUCUUAGAAAGAUUAAUAAGGAAAUUUGGUAUUGAAGAAAUUGAAAAUGCCAUUCCUGAAGAUGACAAAAAACUUAUUGUUAAUAUCAGAAAGUCAAGAAAUAGAGCUAAGAGAAAGCAACAAGAAGAAGCUGAAGAAGAAGGUAAAUCUGGUGCUACUGGUGAAAAGAAAUUCGUUUCUGCUUAUGAAGAAGCCGUCUAUGAUUCUGAUUCCGAUGACGAUGAAGAUGAUGAAGCUGAUCAAGGUAAGGGAGGAAAGAAAGCUCCAUCUCAAUUCAUUUUAGAAAACGGAGAAGAUCCAUUGAAUUUAUUGGAUCGUCAAACUUUAGCCCAUAUUUCAUCUUCUAAACCAAGUAAAUUCUCAAAGAAGGAUGUUAAACAAUCUCAAUUCAAAACCAAGAAUGGUAAGCUUGUAUUUAAUGAAUCUAAUGACAAUGAAGAAGAUCCGUUAGCCAACAAAGGACCUGGUAUUGAUGCUUAUUUGGAAGCUGUUAAACAAGCUCCUAUCAGAGGUCAAAAGAAUAAAUUGAAAUAUAACAAGAAGAACAGACAAGAAGACAACUGGUCAGAUGACGAUGAACCAGAAGCUCCAAAACCAAAACCAUCAUCCAAUGCUUUAGGAAAGGCUAGAAUCGCCAAGCCAAAACAAAAAUUUAAAGCUAGAAAGAAGUUUUAAUCAAUGUAUAUUAGUAUAUAAACAAUACAAAUUAUAGUCGCAAAAUUAAUUUCUAUAAAAUCUGAAAGUCGUGCGAGUUUGCAUUUUUUUUUUCAA